AUGGCGCCCAUACCGAUCACGAUAAUUACGGGCUUCCUGGGCAGCGGCAAGACGACGCUGAUCCUGAACCUGCUGCCGCAGCUGCGGGCGACGAACCCGUCGUACAAGCUGGCGCUGCUGAAGAACGAGUUCGGGGACCUGGCCGUGGACUCGCAGCUGGCGACGAGCUCGUCCAUCUCGGGGGUCCGGGAGCUGCUCAACGGCUGCAUCUGCUGCAACCUCGUGGGCCAGCUGGGGCCGGCGCUCGCCGAGCUCUCGUCCCGCCAGUCGCCCGACCGCAUCGUCGUCGAGACCUCGGGCUCCGCCUUCCCCGCCACCCUGGCCAUCGAGGUCAACCGCCUGGCGCGCGACACGGGCGACUACGUCCUCGACGGCGUCGUCAGCGUCAUCGACGUCGAGAACUGGCAGGGCUACGAGGACACGAGCUACACGGCGAGGAUACAGGCGCGCUACACGGACCUCAUUGUGUUCAACAAGUGGGAAGGCUGCGACGAGAGGCGGUUCGACGACUGUCUGGACAGGGUCGGUGACCUCGAGGUCGACAUCGCAUGGGUCAAGAGCGACAAGGGAAGAGUGUCCGCCGACGUGAUAUUUGGUGUCGACGGCGCGCUGGCCAGGGUGCUGGAGGACGGGAGCGGGCUGGUGAAGAGCGGCCACGAUCACGCGCACGAGGACGGGCAUAAGCACGACCACCAGACAGAGGUCGAGGUUCUGUCCGUAACACUCAACGGCGCCAAAGGUGCAGCCGUGGAUUCGUCAAAGUUGAUGGCACUGCUGAAUGCGGCGCCAAAGGACGAGGUGUACAGGAUCAAAUCGAUUCUGACAGCCUCGUCAACGGUCAGGAAUUCGGGGGACGACGAGUCGCUGCCAACUCCGCCACAUGCAUCAAAUAGGUACAUCCUGAAUUGGGCAUUUGGGCGUUGGAAUUUCACCCCACUUAGGGCGGAAGGCGAACACGCUUCGAGCGACGAGAUACCGCUGCGCAUGACCCUGAUUCUUGCACGAUAUGAAAGCGCAAAGUGGAAGAAGAAGAUAGAGACCGGCGGACUCCUAGAGUUAGACGGCGAGGAGAAGGGCGAGUUGACUGUCGAAAAGAUCGCUUGA